AGGGCGGCGCAGGGCGGCGCUACCUGUCCCGGCAGGGCAGCGCCGGCAGGUGAGCGCCUGGCACCGGCUCCUUCCUCGGGCCUGCGGCUGCUCCUCCUCCCCCGCCUGGCCGCAGGCCCGCCCGGCAGCCGCGAUGCCGUUCCCCAGCUCCGCCGCGGACGAUGCCUUCGACUACCUCUUCAAGAUCAUCCUGAUCGGCGACUCCAACGUGGGGAAGACGUGCGUGGUGCACCGCUUCAAGACGGGGCAGUUCAACGAGAAGCAGCAGAACACCAUCGGCGUCGACUUCACCGUGCGCUCCAUGGACAUCGACGGCAAGAAAGUAAAGAUCCAAGUGUGGGACACAGCCGGUCAAGAGCGCUUCCGGACAAUAACCCAGUCUUAUUACAGGAGUGCCCAUGGGGCCAUCCUUGCCUAUGACCUUACUAGGAGGUCCACAUUUGAAUCCAUUCCUCACUGGAUUCAUGAAAUUGAAAAGUAUGGUGCUGCAAACUUGGUCAUGAUGUUAAUUGGGAACAAAUCGGAUUCGCUGGACAAGCGCCAAGUGCUGUUUGAAGAUGCCUGCACCCUGGCAGAGAAGCACGGGCUCUUAGCUGUGCUGGAAACGUCAGCCAAAGAAGCUCAAAACAUAGAAGAGGUGUUCACAUUAAUGGCUAAGGAGCUGAUAGCCCGAAAUACCUUACAGCUUCAUGGGGAGAACCCUCCAAACAGCUUCAGUCUGGACUCCAGGCCAGUGAUUGCAAGUCCAAGUGUGGAGAAGAGCCAGUGCUCCUGCUGAAGAGAGGCUUUGGGGAGAGCUUGGAAACUGCCAUACUUCUGAGGCUGUUUGAUUCAAUUUUGUUCAGUUGAUGAAAGUGUUUUAUGUGGCCUCAAGCCAUCUCUCUUGAUAUUUCUACCUUGCAGUUUGGCUUGUGAGUAUUUUCAGAGAUCACUGUUGUUGCUGGUAGCAUAGGUUGCUUUGAACAUAGCAAUGUGAACUUCUGAGAUGAGACAACUCAGGAAGCUGCCAGGCCUUGCCCUAACCAAAGAGAACUAUAAAAGUUAUUGCCUUUAAUUAUUUCCUUACAUGUCUUUCUGGCUGUGUCAGAAGAUAAAUUUGCACCAGAGUUCUGCACUGACCCAUGUAAGCUGUGUUGCUGGUUUUCAGCACUUUCCUCUCUGCCAGUAGCUGUAAAAAGUCUGACGCAUGCUUGGACAGCACUAACCCACUCCUGCCUAAACUUUGAUUUAGGAGCUCUCCUGAGGUCAGGCAGGUAGCCACCCAUGCCAAGGAGCUUCAUAACAUUUGUGAAAGGGUAGAGGAUUUCACAUCUGCCCCGAGUUCCUCACCAGACAAACCU